AAGUGAAUCAUUCCUCGCUCGCCUUUACGAGGAUUCACACCACGUCUCAGGAGUUGUGUUGUCUCAAUUUCGUCUCAAACUGCCUCCAUUCCGUAACUCUUGUCUCGUCUUUCGUGACUUGGAGAAGAAACAAGCUGUCAAAAUAUUAGUUUUUGUUUUAAAAGUGCAAGUUUGAGAACUCAGUUUCACUUAUCUCCAGCCCAAGAAAUUCCAUUCCAUUACAGAAAUAAUCGUGGUGGUAGAGAAUGUACGUACCGUAAAUUGUUAUUGUUAUUACCGUGUUCAUUUCUUGAGGUUCUGUGAUGGCAUGGCGUGUCUCUAAUGACAUUGACGUAAAGUAAGUGUGGAAAUCAUUGUAUGAAAAUAUACACGGUGACGUGAAAAGAUCACAUCUUUUUACUACCUGGACUGGAAUCCUGGACAGAAAAAUAUGCCAUAAGAAAACCAAACCAAGGACUUUGAAGAAACCAGACAAACCAAACCGUAGCUCAAGGACCUCACACGCCCAAAACCAAACCUACAUAUUUAUCACAACCCAGUCGCGUGUAUCAGUCAGUAAAAGACGAAGCAGAAUUUUAACUUGGGUUGAUAUUAUUUCGCUAAAGUGUAUUCAGUUUCAGUUCGGUGUUAAUUGCUUUAGAAGGACAAGUUUAGUUUCAACCCAGCCAAUACAUAUCCAAGCAAACUUUUUUUGAGACGGAUGGAGGCUGGCACUUUGUACUUUGCUUUUGCUACUCAAUAAUUGUGUUUAUUAUAACAUUGUAUUUGUUAUUUUUUGUAUGUAUCGACACUGCUGCGUGCGUAACACGAGUGGGGUGACAUUUUAUUGCACUUUUUUUUUUACAAACUAACUUAUACUUGGCCGACAGCUUGAAUGGCACUUUGGAUUCCUUUCUGUGUCACAGAUUAUCGUUAAAGUGACGAGAAAAGACUAUUUUAUUGCAACAGCUCCGCUGCCUUAAUACUUACCUAAUCUUGAGAGAGGGAAAUAAAUUCUAGGGGAAAUUAUCUCCUCGGUUGGAUGUGACUGGAUGUGACGAAGCCUAUGACCAAACAUAGUCACAAUUCCAGGAAGGAAGUCUCAUUCUCAUUUUUAUUCUACUACACACAUUGAAAACCGAACCAUCAUCAGUACAAAAUAUGUACGUACUUAUUAAACAUUAAUCCAAUCCAUGGAUGAGAGUUGAUGAUGCUCCUUCCUGUUUUCCUCCAACUCAACUUACGCAAUGAAGUGUGUGACUAAAACCAUUAAAUAAAAUAUAAUAACUCGAUCCAGAGUCCAGCGUAAAUGGAAGUGGGUGACAUAACUAUGAUUUAAUUCCAGUGGUCGUUCGUGGUGGUGGAAAAAUUAGUGGGAAAAAAUAGUGAACUUCUUUUUUAAGAAAUGUGACUGAAUUACCGGAUUCUCACUAAUUUAUUAUAUGUGUGACACACGUUAUAAAAUUAAGUCAAACUCAAAUCCAAUCUCGUCGUGUAAAAUAAUAAACCUUUAAAAGGAAGUAGUGAGUAAAAAGUCGUCUAGAAAUGGUGCUCGAGCUGGAAAGCCGAUGUCCCCCUGGAGGGUUGGGCACGCUGAGGAUGAUCCGUGAAUCUGCGGAGGAUGAGAGGACACGGUAUUGUUAUCCUUUUAAGGAGUAUCAUGAUCCCACCUCGUCGUCAAACAGUACCAGCAACCCGACUUCUGCUGCUGUUAACAAUAGGAGUUAUCUGAACCGAAUGAGUCACCAGAGUCAAAAUGGUGGGGGAACAGUUCGAGGGACGCUCAGUCAAGCGUCGGCAUCAUCCGCGUUUGGAGGCCUGGAUAAAAAUUCGCACCUCAGAAAUUCCAGGAAUGAAUUAUUGUACGAUAAUUUGCCACGUGCUCAUCUGAUAAGUGAAAAUCAUCAAAAUAUGCCACCCACGGAACCCCCACCACUUCCGCCGAGGAGAUCAACGUCACUUUUUGGCGGUGGUGGGGCUGGUGGAGGUGCUACGACGCUCACAUUGCUUAGAAUUCCAAAACCGAGAGAAUCUUCGACCCUAAAUCCGAAAAGGAUUUCGAUUGCGACUUCGUCUUUUUGGAAUGGACACCCAGACUUGGCACAUUUUGCGAGUGGCUGGGAACUUGGGCAAAACAGUAUGCGAUCCGUGUGGGGCACGACGGAGAGAGGGGGUCGUCCCGUAACGGAGUCUGUAGACAUUUGGGGUGAUCCUCCAGCAGUUAAGAAGGGUAUCCUUAUUCAACAAAGGGACAAAAUGUGGUCACGUUGGAAGGAGCGUUACUUUAUUUUGACGAGAGAUUACCUCAACUGCUUCAGACGGACGACAAGUGUUCACCGGUCAGGAGUGCGGUUGUCCGAAAUGGGAUCUUUUAUUUAUAAACUACGACUCGCCGAAGUUGAUGGUGUAGAAUGGGAAACUAGAAAAAGUGGAUCUAUGAUUGCUUUGGUGCUACCCACAGAACCAAGAAUCUUGUUGAGAGUUCCAGGGGAAAAUUAUGAAGCGCUUCAUCAAUGGUACACGUUGCUGCAGGAAUGCAUUUAUAUGAGCAAAGAGAGACGCCAAGCCCUCAGAAAUCAACAUGGUUCCAUGCUCCGCUCAACGACAUCCUAUAAUCCUAACGCUAGCAAAUCCACGGGGUCUGCUUCUCCCAACUCGUCAUCCACAAAGUCAUCCUCCUCUACCUCCAACAACUCCAAGUCCGCAUCAAACUCUGACCUGGACAGGAUGGGUGGCCUUGGAGGCGAAGACGUCAAUAAUAAAUCGCUCCGGCGAAAAGUUUCAAAUUCUAUUAGUCGAUCUGGAAGUGGACUUCUUUCUCUCCGGAAAAUCAGUGGUGGUUCUAGUCCCAGUCCGAGAAGUUUUCUCCGAGCUCAGACUACUGAACAUGGACCCGGAAAAUAUAGUCCUUUCGUCGACGAUGAUGAUGACGAUGACGACGACGAUUAUGAAACUCCAGGUCUGGUAAAUCAAAUCCGGUCAAGGUCAUCCCACGCAAAUCCUACAACGACUUCGAGAAAUAUUGGAAUAAAUACUAACAUUGGAGAAAAGAGUGCAGAAGACGAGUUUAAAGUGACGCUGAGACGAAGGCGAGGAGAACUCAAUAAUAAUAACGGCGGAGGCGGUGUCAAUGGUGGUCUUCCGACAUCUUGGCGACUCUCACUUUCACAACCACCCGAAAAAUUUGAUGACCAUCACAUAAACACGACUGAACAAAAACUUCACGGAAUUAUGAAUGGAAAUAAUGGGAUAAAUAACAGCAUUAAAAUUAAGACGCAAAAUACCUCGGGUAAUAAUAAUGGGUAUGCAACUCCUCAUGACGCCAGAGUCAGGCCGGAAUCUUGGACACCGCAACCCACCAUAUUUUACAGGACAGCCAGUCUGGUCCCGUCACAAUGGAUGAAUCCUCGGGACAAUGUUCGCCAACAAGUUCCAACAACGACGAGUAAUGGAGCCCCACAAAUAGUUGGGAUUGGGAACGGAUGUGGAAUAGCGAAUGGUUAUGGGAGUGGGAGGGGACAUUUCAACAGGGCGAGCGUAUAUUGCCCUUCCAGGGUCACGUCGGAUGUCGCGUUUAGAAAAAAUGUCAAGUAGUACUGUAAUAAAGUAGUUAAUAAUUCACUGUUUUAAGAGAUCUGAUUAGUGAUAGAUAUUGGAGUGUAAUUAAAAACGAACUAAUAAUGCAACCUGAUUACACGAGAUUAAACAUAGAAUAUUUAGUUGGUAUGUAAUUUUAGUUGAAAAAUGUAUUAUGUUUUCAACCCAAGUUUUUUUACUUGCUAUUAUAGACUGAUAGUCAGUAAUAAUUAAUUAAAGUUAUUAAGUUGGUUAACUAGAAAGUCGAAACAAAAUUUAUUGUAGAUUGGCAUUAAUUUUUGCAGAACGAAGGUUUCGCUUCAUGAUAUAUAAGAACCAAUUGUUUGCAAUUCCCAUAAGUCAAUAUUAAAUGAUGCAUAAUAUCGACGUUUAAUUGGAGUUAUAAUAAAAAUAUCAACUAAUUUCAGCACAA